AGAGACUUCACGGGGAUACGCUGGUCUAUAGCGCCCUCUAGUGCCAGAAAGACGCAGCAAGGAGCGAUGAAUCGUAGUUUAUUGUUCUCCCCAAGUGUGUUUGUGGUUUCAAUGAGUUCGUCCUGUGUAUUUUUUUUAUAAAUUCACGAUGUUUUAGGGAAGCUGCUGUCUUAAUGUCCUUGCGUGUCGUUCAUGUGGGGAACUAGUGAGAGGGGCAAAGAGAGAAAGAGCUGUGGUGGCUAAAAAGUGAAAAUGCACUGUGAACGGAGGAGUUCCUGGGAGGUUGGACUGAGCAGGCACCGGCUGCUCUGUGGAUACUACAGUCUGGCACACAGACUGAGGCAGAGCUGCAGGGAGGACGAGUCUCUGAGAUCUUGACCGCACCGGAGCUUUGGUGAAAAGUUUGGGCAGCUGCUGAGCCCCUGAAGGCAUCAUGGUUGUGUCGGUGCGGAGCUGGGUCGCCAACGAAGGAGGGAAGCACUUCGUCCUGAUUCUGUGGCUGGGAGUUAAUACCUGGCUGUUCAUCAGCAGCUUCCUGCUCUACUUCACUGGACAGGAAUACCACUACCUCUACAAGAUGCUCGGGCUAGGGUUGUGCAUCAGCAGGGCGUCUGCAUCUGUGCUAAACCUGAACUGCAGCUUGGUGCUUUUGCCCAUGUGUCGCUCUCUGGUGACCUUUGUACGAGGAACACGGACGAUAUCAAGCAGAAAGACACGCAGACUGCUGGACAAGUGCAAGACCUUUCAUGUGGCCUGUGGCGUUGCCAUCUGCAUCUUUUCUGUUAUGCACGUUUCUGCCCACCUGGUUAAUGUUGUCAGAUUCAGUGUGAGAUACUCAGAUGACUUUCCGGCUCUCAAUUUGGCUCGCUACAGAGGAGAGGACCCCAUGCUGAUUAUUCUGACCACAAUCCCAGGAGUCACUGGUGUGCUGCUGGUCCUCAUCCUCUUCCUGAUGUUCAUAUCCUCCUCCUACUGUGUACGCAUGUCCAACUACGAGAUCUUCUGGUACACACACAACCUCUUCAUUGUUUUCUACGUCAUCCUGAUGAUGCACAUGGUUGGUGGAGCUCUAAAGUAUCAGACCAACGUAGAGGCACACCCCCCUGGUUGCUUCAGAGCCAACCAGAGCAGCACCGAGCAGCAGGGAGAUGAACUGGACACGAGUGAAGAAGAGGAGAGGCGAUGCAGCGAGGACGCUCACUUCCAGCCACAUUAUCCCCAGACGUGGCUGUGGGUGUCUGGUCCUCUCUGUCUCUACUGCGUGGAGCGUUUCUACCGCUACAUCCAGAGCCGUGACCCUGUUACCAUAGUGACAGUCAUCAGGCACCCUUGUGAUGUCGUGGAGUUGCGCAUGCUGAAAAAGAACUUCAAAGCUCGACCUGGACAGUAUAUUCUUCUUAACUGCCCAGGUGUCUCCUCAUUUGAGAACCAUCCCUUCACGCUCACAAUGUGUCCCACAGAGAACAAGGAAACUUUGGGCAUCCAUCUGCGAGUUGUGGGAGACUGGACUGAACGAUUCACACAGCUGCUGCUUCCUGAGCCAAGGAUAGACAUGGAGAUCCUUCCCAUGGCCCAACAGAGGAGAUACCCCAAAGUUUAUGUUGAUGGGCCAUUUGGAGGUCCAUCAGAAGAGGUAUUCAACUAUGAUGUCAGUCUUUGUGUUGCCGGCGGAAUAGGAGUCACCCCAUUCGCCUGUGUGCUGCGGGCGCUGCUUGAUGGCUGGAUGGGUUUCAGGUUGCAGAGGUUGUAUUUUGUGUGGGUCUGCAAGGAACUCCAGUCCUUUUACUGGUUCGCAGAGCUGCUGUGUGCUCUGCAUCACAAGCUCUGGAACGAAAACAGACCGGACUACUUUAAUGUGAAACUGUAUAUCAGUCAACCGGACAGCCUGCAGAUUUUAAGAACUCCACCCACUAGAGGGCGGUGCUUUACCGACAGAGAGAAGCUGCAGCGCAGUUUAAAGUGUAGCUGUUGGCACAUUACACUCAGAGCUCAACCGCAGCAUGUUUUCCAGACUGUUCCAUUAAAAGCAUGUCUGAGGAGAAGUACCGCCCACUCACAUCAAGGAUGCAGAUUGGUCGGCCCAGGUGGAAGUUACUUUUUGAUGAAAUUGGAAAAUCCAACAAACAUAAACGUGUUGGUGUUUUCUGCUGCGCACCGAAGGGCAUCUCCAGGACUCUCCACCGACUGUGCAACUCACCUCAAUACAGUGGAACAACAUUCGAAUUCAACAAAGAGUCGUUCAGCUGAUUAAACUUCAGAGCUGGUUCUACACUGUCAGGGCAUAUCAGUAGAAGUCAUCUACUUUGGGGUGGAUGGCUUCUCAUUCAAUCAUGGGAAAAGUUUUUAGUUAAAUUUUAGUUCUUACUACCUUUGGACAAUCAUGGUUGCUUGAAAACAACUCUUGGAUUUUCAUUUGAUAUAAAUACUGACUGUAAAGUCAAAUAAUGAUAGACUAUAUUUAUAUUCAAUCUCUGUACAUGGUUUUUAAAGGUCCGGCACAUCGAAACAGCCUGUUGAGAGCUUUAAAUAAGCUUCGACUUUGGUUUGUGAUCCAGUCAACAUGUGACAAAAGCUUGGAGUCUCCUUAAGCUGCUGUAUCAUCCCUGCCCUGUUGCACCCCUCUGUGGAGUACAAUUGCAUUCUCAUGUUGGAGUCGAGUGUGUGGAAAAAGGUGUGACUCAGCCCUAAAAUGCUCUCAACCACAAACACAACAAGACAUUAAACAUGAGGGAAUUCAUCUACAGACCAGCGACUGAAACAUCACUCAGGGAUGAGACAGUUUUUAUUUAGGAGUAAGCAAAUCAGCUGAUAAUCAAGGGAUUUAGUUUAGUGUCAACUUCCAGCCAGACUUUAUUUGACCUUUACUUGACUGCAGACUCACACCAGUCAGUCUUGAUCUUAUUACAGUAUUAAGAGACUUAAGAUCCAAGCCCCCACCUAGUUCUAAAUAUCCCAAAUAUAUGGAUAUCUUCUACAUCCAGAAUCAACUGGCCCAACAUUUGCUUUAUGAGCAUCUAAAAUAUACUGCUCACACAUUCUUAAGUCUUGCUUAUUACCAAGUUGUAAUCACCCUGGAUUUGUCGAUGAACGCUGACUAAAUGAUGAUUACAUUCUUCAAAUACAGUGCUUAACAAAUUUAUUAGACAUUAAACCACUAAAACUGAUUUCUCUGUUCGGGUAAUUAAGUGUAAUUUGGUAUCACACUCAAAAAAUAAUAAUAAUAAUCUACUUUUCUAUUUUUUCAUAGUUUUGUAAAGCGGUAAACUUGAAAAUGGAUAAUAACAAUAAAUAUAUUGUAGCAUUAAAGGUAUUUCUAGAGAACGUGUGCAUA